CUCCAUAGCUGCUCUGCUCCUCCGUGCAGCUAAUCCGCUGCCUCUCUCUCUCUCUCUCUCUCUCUUCCCGUCAUAUCUCUUAUUAACGGUGGCCACUGAGCGAUCAACUGCGGCUGCAACUUCUCCUGCUUCUGCAGCUGCUUGGCCAUUGCCCGGCUGAAUUGAAAGAGAAAAUAAAGUUUCGAUAAAGCUAGGAAGACAAUGAGGUUAGAGAAGUGCUGGUUCUGUUCCUCCACGAUAUAUCCCGGCCACGGUAUCCAAUUUGUCCGCAAUGAUGCUAAGAUCUUCAGGUUCUGUAGAUCCAAAUGUCACAAGAACUUCAAGAUGAAGAGGAAUCCUCGUAAGGUGAAAUGGACUAAGGCUUACAGACGCUUGCAUGGAAAGGACAUGACUCAAGAUUCAACCUUCGAGUUUGAGAGGAAACGAAACAGGCCAGAAAGAUACGACAGGAACCUUGCGGAGAACACAUUGAAGGCCAUCAAGAAGAUUGAUAAAGUCAGAGUUGAUAGGGAAGCGAGACACCAUGCCCUAAGAAUGAAGGGGAAGAAAGCCAAGGAGCAAAAGGAGGCACAGAAGGAGCUGGAGCAACACAUCCACCUCCUCAAAGCUCCCGCUGUUCUCCAGGAAGACCCAUCCCUCACCCUACCGAAGAUCAAGGUCAAGGUUUCGCAACAGCAGUCCGAGGAAAAUCAGGCCAUGGAAGAGUGAUGCUCGUGAUCUUGUUACACUCGCGUUGUAUACAGUUGUCCUUGUUUGUUACCUCGCCCUAGUUCUCUUAGUUUUGGGCAUCAAAGAUGUGACUGAGAGUUCAGAGUUGAGGUCAGAUUGGGAAAGUUUUGAGUUAUUAUUGGAUCCGCGGUUAUAUGGUUGGUCUACUGAAUAUGGAUUACGCUUGACAGAACAUCAGUUCUUCAUUUGGAACAAAGAUUAGUUGGUGAUAAUUAUAAUCUUGUCUCUCCAUAAGCCCUUCCCGUGGAGCUUUUAAUAUAGAAUGGUUCUUUCAAGAUCA